AUGGACCUCUGUGCGCGAAAUGAGACCUCUACGUCCCCGGAGUGCGUCGGAGCGCAGACUGAUGCGCUACAGAGCGGGACCGGGAACGGGAGCUUGGAGACGACAAACAUCACCUACGGCAACGUUUCCACACUCCUCAUACCUCAGCGCGUGAAAGUGAAGGAUGGGGACCACACACUGCGGAUCCUGCUCUACUCACUCAUCUUCUUCUUGAGCGUAAUUGGCAACCUGCUGAUCAUUGUGGUGCUGACGGUCAAUAAGCGCAUGCGCACCGUGACCAACACCUUCCUGCUGUCGCUCGCCGUCAGUGACCUGAUGAUGGCCGUCUUCUGCAUGCCCUUCACCCUCAUCCCCAGCAUCCUCAAGGACUUCAUCUUCGGUGCCGCCAUGUGCAAGAUAGUGUCCUACCUCAUGGGCAUAUCAGUGAGCAUCUCCACAUUUAGCCUGGUUGCCAUAGCGAUUGAGCGCUACAGCGCCAUCUGCAACCCCCUGAAGUCACGGGUGUGGCAGACCCGGUCCCAUGCGUAUCGGGUGAUCGCUGCUACGUGGCUGCUGGCCUUCACCAUCAUGAUCCCCUAUCCGAUCAUCAGUCACCUGGAGACUUUUCAGCGUCCCGACAACACCACUGCUCACCAGUGUCGCCACAAGUGGCCCCUCGCCACGGCAGAGCAGACCUGGUACAUCCUGCUACUGCUUGUGCUGUUUGCGAUCCCGGGGUUGGUGAUGAUCGUGGCCUAUGGGCUGAUCUCCAGGGAACUUUAUAGAGGCAUCCACUUUGAGAUGGGCCACAAAAAAGACUCUACUGAUGUGAAGAAUGGACUGACCUCCACUGUGUCUACUGGCAGCGAUGACGGAGAUGGUUGCUACGUAAAUGUCGUCCAGCGGCCGCACUCGAUGGAGAUGUCCACCAUGGCUGCAUCAAGCCGGGCAGUCAAGGCAGAGAGACCGCGCAGCAACACAUCUGAGGCUAAGCUGGAGGCCAAGAAGCGAGUAAUCCGCAUGCUGGUGGUGAUCGUUGUCCUGUUCUUUCUCUGCUGGAUGCCACUGUACUGUGCCAACACCUGGCGGGCUUUUGAUGACCUCUCUGCCAAACAUGCCCUCUCCGGGGCACCUAUCGCUUUCAUCCAUUUGUUGUGCUACACCUCUGCCUGUGUCAACCCAAUUAUUUACUGCUUCAUGAACACGCGUUUCCGCAAAGCCCUGCUCGCCACCUUUUCCUGCUGCGCUGCACCUUGCCAUCGCCGUCGUCGCCGUGGGCUGCGGGACAACGAGGAGGAUGUUAUGGCAACGGGAGCGUCCAUGUCGAAGUUCAGCUACACGACAGUCAGCACCAUGGGAACCUGCUGA